AUGGCGACCUACGUGAGCGAGCUGGAGGCGGCCAAGAAGAACCUGAGCGAGGCUUUGGGCGAGAACGUGAAGCAGUGAGUGAGGAGCGGGGCCCUUUCACCUUCUGUCUCUCGGCCCCUCCGGCCGCUUAGCCGCCGCGCCCUGCGCCAGGGGCCUAGUAGGCCGUGCCCGAGCGCCGGCCUCGAUUUGUCCCGCGCACCCGCGGGGCGGGCGUUGCCGGGGCGGCUCACAAAUGGGUGGGUGGACGGGCGGCUCCUGCCCGAGUCCUUCCGCGGCCCCCGACCCCAGCUCGCUUCGGGGCGCGCCUCCCCACAUUCUCAUUUCUUUGUUCCGGCUCGCCGAUAUCUCGCUCCAGAAACGCCCUGCAUCAAAGUGGCGUCGAGCGGAAAGAGCGGCGGCCUUUCGUUUUGUGUUCUCGUUUUAUUUAUUUCAUAACAUUUAUAUACUGCUCCACCGUACGAAAAGCAAACAAACCGAACCUCCCAGCGGUCUGGGGAAAAGAGAAUGAAAUCGAGGGGAAUUCACAACCCGACUUACUUAAAAGUGAAAAUACCAGCAGAACGGAUCAAAAUUCACUUCAGCAUUUCCAAACGUUUGGGUCCAAACAGGUGUGUUUUGAGCAGGUGCAGAAGAGCGCAGCCUGCUGGGUCUCCAGAGGCGGGGAGUUCCAAAGGCCACACUCCCCAAUCAGGGUCCCACACAUGCCGAAUGGGUCUUACGGGCACCUGCAGUUGUGCCGAUUCCACCAGCUGAAGCUGGCAAGCAGGUGCAUGUGAAGGGAUCUCUCAAGGUGGUUUAGCAAAAAAAGAUGAAAACAAUAAAAAUCGGCACUUUUUUUUACAACCCUAAUUAAAAACACACCCAGAGAGAGAGAGAGAGAGAGAGAGAGGCAGAGAACCAAAAUGGAAUAGACUAUGAAACUCACACAAACUUUCUAAACAUCUGGGUAAAGGUAAAGGGACCCCUGACCAUUAGGUCCAGUCGUGGCCGACUCUGGGGUUGCGGUGCUCAUCUCCGCACGGAAAUGCCGUUUACCUUCCCACUGGAGCAGUACCUAUUUAUCUGCUGGCACUUUGACGUGCUUUCGAACUGCUAGGUUGGCAGGAGCAGGGACCGGGCAACGGCUCACCCCGUCACAGGGAUUCAAACCACCGACCUUCUGAUCGGCAAGUCCUAGGCUCUGUGGUUUAACCCACAGCGCCACCCGCUUCCCUAAACAUCUGGGUAGGCUUGUCUAAUAGAAUAGGAAUAUCUAAAUAAGAGCACAGUGCCCUGUGCUAGAGAGAAUAUAAACCUGGCAGGGCCGGCCCAUCCAUGAGGCAAGGUGAGGUGACCACCUCAGGUGGCAGGAUCCACAAGGGUAGCAGAUGUGGCCUCCAAAGAAUGCAUUGCCCACUGCCACAGUGGCAGAAACAGCUGCAUCUACAGAGGAGCAUUUUGUAGUUCAUCUCGGGGGCCAAAAGCUCAAGGACCACUCUUCUCUUCUUUUUAUAAUAGAAUGGGGAAAUUUAUUGAACUAUUUGAAAGACACACUGUAAACAAAUUAAAACAUUAGUGGCAUUGAUAUAGAAACCUGCAGUAAGAGAUAAUUAAGGGGAAGAUAAGGAAAAAUUUGUAAAUAUAUUUUAAUUAGAUAUGCAGUAAUAAAAUAUAUGAAAUGAAUAACCUCAGAAAGGAGGGGAGGGAAGUCGAGGCAGAAGUAAAUUAGAUUUGUAAAGAUUCUGGUUUUUUUGUCAAAAUGUUUGUAAAAGCUGAAAAUAAAAUUAUAUAUAAUUUUAUUGGACAGGCCCUGAAGCCCUGGGAUAAGCCUAUUUGAGUUGCCUCAAUAUUUCAAAGAACACAUGGUAUAUAGGGGAAAGGGGUAGGUGGGAAAGGUGAAGCUAGUUUCUACUUUCAGUAAUGGGCACCAUAUUUUUCGCUCUAUAAGACGCAUCAGACCACAAGACGCACCUAGUUUUUGGAGGAGGAAAACAAAAAAAAAAAUAUUCUGAAUCUCAGAAGCCAGAACAGUGCAGUGAAAGCAGCGAUCCCUCUUGCUGUUCUGGAAUAGCUGCACAGCCUGCAUUCGCUCCAUAAGACACACACACAUUUCCCCUUACUUGUUGGGGGGGGGGAGUGAGUCUUAAAGAGCAAAAAAUACGGUAAUUCUGUGAUGCCCAAUGUAACAUUUGUAAGCUUCCUUAUGUAAUAUUUUGUUUUUCAGCUAAUAUUGUUUAAUGCCAAUUUAAACUGGUUGCUGGUUAAUUGCCUUGAUCUUCCUGCUGGCAUUCGUCCGUAGACAGAUUUUCCCGGUCAUGUGGCCGGCACAACUUUUCUUGUUGCAGCUUAAUAUAUAUUUAAAACAAAAUUGACAAGAAUUACUAGGGCAGAGAUCUACCAGCCCUUCACUGAAUUGAAAUGUCCAGAAUUAUUAUUUUUUAGGGGGGCAGUGCAUGACGGUGGGGUGGGGGAGAGGCAGUUGUGACAAAGUCAGCUAUGGGUUGUAAUGCAGACCAGUCGUUGAAAGACCACCUACCUUUUUUAUUUUUCUCCCGUGGCGGUGGGGCGAGCAGGCAAAGAAGAGAAGUCCUCCCCCUAAAAAAUGGCCAACAAGUUCCAGUACCUCUUUUUCUAAAAAAGAAACAAAGCCCUUAAUAUAACCAUGGCUUAAUUGCAAAGAACACAAUUUUUAAUUACCCCAGGGGAAGCAUUGAAAAAAGCCAGCAUAAAUUGAACCACUUCCAUGGCGAUUUCCAGCUGCUUUCUUUGGAUUGUCUAAUUAGUACACAUAGGAUUAUGCUGGAGCCAGGCACUUAAGGUGUAAAAUUCGACUUUAUUAUUUUCAGAUUGAGUAUUGCAGUUACAUAAUUUUCCAAAGUGCUAUGUUCUGUUUCCAGGCUCUGAUAUUCAACAGAGAGUCCUGAUGGUCAAAUUGUUCCUUAAAUUUAUUACCGGUAACUCUGAUUGAAGUUCUGCUCGUCUUUGGACUAGAUAACCCCUGAGGUUCCUCCAAUGCAGUGGUGGCCAAACUUGGCCCUCCAGCUGUUUUUGGACUACAACUCCCAUCAUCCCUAGCUAACAGGGCCAGUGGUCAGGGAUGAUGGGAAUUGUAGUCCCCAAACAGCUGGAGCACCAAGUUUGGCCACCACUGCUCUAAUGUAUGAAACUGCAUGAUAGUCUCUCCUAAAGGGUUGAAGAGGGAAAGAGUAGAUUGUUGAGAAGCGAAGGCUAGUAUUGAGGGUACAAUAUUUAUAUAUUUCACAGAUACUGGGCUAAUUUGAAGCUGUGGUUUAAGCAAAAGAUCAGCAAAGAAGAGUUUGACCUAGAAGCACGGAGGCUCCUCACACAAGACAAUGGUAAGAAAACUAUAUGUGAGUUGCUCUAUGUGGCUUCCAUGAAUCUCAUGCUGAACUUGGGGGUUAGCUGCAAUACUGUACAGUAAUGGAAUGAUUCAGCUAUGAGCAGGCCAUGGGGUGGGUUGAACUAUAGGGCACUGAAAUUGCACCAUGAUCAAUGAAGACAAUGUUUAGCCACCCCUUUGGUUUCUAAGAUUGCGUCAGGCAUUACUCAAGCACCUCCAGUUCUGUAUCUAGUUCAGGACUUGCUGUGUAGACUCAAGGGGCAUCUUCCAUGCUACUAUAUGAUGCUGAGGCAAGUGCAAGAUGGCUUGCUGACAUCUUUAUGUGGACUUCUUUUCUUUUGGCAGUCCAUUCUCACAAUGACUUCCUGUUGGCUAUUCUCACACGAUGCCAGAUCUUGGUUUCUGCACCUGGUAAGUCUACUGUAAAAACGUUCAUGCACCUGGACUUUAGGAGAAAGAGCUGUAGUGUGUUUACUUCAGCAGCAAUUCUAAUAUUCAUUUUAGUAUGGUUAGAUGCAUGCUGAGUCUGUUUUACCAUAUUGGCCUGAAUAUAAGCCUCACUUGUUUCCAAAAUUCUUACCCUGAAAAGUUAAAGUGUGGCUUAUAUUCGCAACCUUAUGGUAUGCAGCCAGGAGCGCAGGGCAAACAGCGCCAGGAGUGUGGCAAAGUGGUGCCCGCCCUACAUGUAGUCCCCCAUCCUCUCCCCCAAGGUCGGGAAGGGAGAGAGCGAGGAAGGGGAAAGGCCACCGGCAACGCAGCGCAGCUCCCCGCUCCCCCCCCCCCGUAUGCAGCCAGGAGCAGCGAGGGAUGGAGCGGCUUAUAUUUGGGUAUAUUUUCUUUUUUUCUUUCCCAGCCUCCAAUUUUAAAGGUGCGGUUUAUAUUCAGGUGCUGCUUAUAUUCGGGCCAAUACGGUACUUCUCAGAAACCAAUAGAGCUGCUUCCUUCCCAAAAUAGCUUUUUUUGAAACCUGGAAAUAUAUAUAUAUUUCAUUAUUGUAAAGUGACAUUGGCAGGGAUCUUAAGGAUGCUAUUGAUAAGUAACUUCAGUAGCAGAUGUGUACUGCAGAAUGAAUAGACCCAGGAAAGUGGGGCACAUAUGAAUAGAGGAGGGACCCUGAAGUUUUCAUAUUAAGCCUUGGCACUGGAGUUGGAAUGAAGCACACAGAAGCAGCAUUCAUUUUCUCUCUGUGGUUUUUUAAAUAGGACAGUUGUAGCUAUUCCUAGAAUGCUUCCUUAGGCUGCCUCACCAUAAAUAUCCGCAAAUAGGCAAAGGUGAUAUCAAACUUGAUUGACUGGUUGGAAGACCAACAGUUCCCCCUCUACCCACGAUUACAGCUGUGAUCAUUGCACUGUGAUCAUUGGGUCAGGUACCUCAGAUCUUUGGGUACCUGUACUUUUUCCUGCCUUUCUCUCAGGCCUCCUCACCUGGGGAUGCAGGUAGAUUGCUCACCAAACCUCUCUAUCCGCCGCCUCCUCCUCCCUUUCCAUGACUCUGAGGCUUAAAAGCCCCCAGAAGAAACUGGAGACUUUCAUCCUCUCAUCAGCCCCACGCAUGACAAGUGCAAACCAUCUGGGUUGAUUUCUCUUUGAGCUAAUUGUGAGCAGUCUGCCAGCUUCAUCAUAACCCUGUACAGUGGGACUAAUAGGUCUGAGCAGCAUACCUAGUUUGUAGGAACGGGUUGAAAUGCCCAUAUUUUGCUUGUCUUAAGAUUAAAGAAACCUUAUGUUGAGCAUAACUUACACAGUAAAGUCAGGAUAGUGGAAGCAACGCAUUCAUAAGCACAUUUACUUGAAAUGAAAGUAAGUGUGCUUGAGACUGCAGUGUCAAAUGUUUUUCAGAAUUCCGUUUCAGAAGUACAAGUCUGAUCCCGAACGUUUUGGAAAAAAAGACUUGCCUUGAUUCUGUCUAAUUGGGUAGAUUUGUGAGCUGCCACACACAGAACAUUCUCCAGAAGUCCUUCAGGGAGUAAGGUGGAAGACCUAUUGUGAAAGUGAUUAAAGUACAGUUUGGAGCUUGCAAGAGAAGAUGACAAUUUGCUCUUCUUUGACUCACAACAAAUUAUCAUAAGUCAAGGGGGUCUAUUUUUAUCUCUCUUCAAAAAUGCUUUUGUUAUGCCCUGAAGCAGCACACUCUUAUUUAUCAAGUGUCACUGAGAUUCAUGUUCUGUCUCUGUGUAAUCAUUGCUCUUCCAUGUCCACGGAGUUCUUGCCACAAUAUGGUACUGUAGGGAGCCCUGGUGGUCUUGUGCUUCCCCUGGUUCUCCUCACCCCAGCUUUCUAGCAGUUGCACUCUCAUCAGGGUAACCCAGCUGUGUUCCUCAUUUUGCCAAACUUUGUGCUGCACUUCAAACUUUGUGCUGCAAAGUGUUGUUUUAAAGUAUGCCAUUCUUCAGCAUCACAACCAGUUAAGUGCCCCACUGAUGUAAGUAAUGUAUAAACACAUAAUAAAAAGGAGUCCUUUUGCUCCAGAGAGCACACUAUAAAAUAUAUUGACUGUGGUUCAGAGACAUGAGUGUGAUGCUGGGUGUGAGUUGCAGAAAAUAGCUCAGCCCAGAAAAGUGGAAACUGUGGUUUGGGAAGCUGAGGUUGCUGGAGUAGAGCAUAAGCAACCUCUGGCACUUGUGAUAGACUGUGAUGACCAGGAUAUUUAAAUUUGACAGGGUGCAAUGGAGAUUUAGAUCCUUGCCAAAUCUAAGACUUACUGUUUUCUUCUUUUCCAUUUCCAGAGGGUGCUGGCUCUUUGCCAUGGACAGGAGGUUCUGCAACAAAACCAGGGAAGCCCAAGGGGAAGAAAAAGUUUUCCUCCGUUCGGCAGAAGUUUGAUGUAAGUUUGUCCAUUCUUACGUGCAUUAGAAAGAGGAAAACUAAGCCUAGAUGUUGGAAAUCAACAUGAUAAGAAAUGCAGAGCUGCUAUCAUAAAUAGCAGCCCCAGCUCAAGUUCCUGACACACUCUCCAAACCUUUAGUACAGUUCACCAGGCGCAUCACUGCGCUGUGCAUUUCCACACCUCCACCAGUGGUAGCCACUGAGGUGGUUUAGCAGUGUGGAAACGUUUCAGAUAAUGAUGUUGGGAGAGCAGAAGGGAAGAACUCAACCUGGGACUGGAAUUUUGGCCAACACUUACUUGGCAGACUUCUUAGAAUUUUUUUUUUUAAAUAUGAAUACCCCACUUUUUGCCAUUCACAAAGGAGUUGCUGAAAGUGGCAUACAAAUGAAAUGCAAACACAAAAGCAACAAUGACCCAACUAUUAGAAUACAAGUUACGAAGCCAGAAACAGCAGCUGAAAGCAAACACCAAAAGAGCAGCUCCAGCAACUGAUACAGUUGAGUAGCAAUAAAAUCAAAAGUGGAACAGGUAUAGGUGCCACUUAAUAACCCGGUAUAGGUGCCACUUAAUAACCCGGUAUAGGUGCCACUUAAUAACCCGGUAUAGGUGCCACUUAAUAACCAUUCUGCAUUUGUAAGAACUCCGUCUUUUAGUGUGGCAGCACCUGCUCUCUGGAACUCCCUGCCUAUUGGUAUCAGGCAGGUGCUUUCACUGUACUCUUUUGGGUACUUGCUAAAACAUUUUUUUUAGACAAUCCUAUCCAGAUGCUUAGGAAAUUGGGUGAGUUUUAAUCUGUUUUUAGUAUAUUGUUAUUUUAAAAGUCUUAAAUAAUUGUUGUUAACUUUUCUUAUUGAUUUAUCUUUUUUGUAAACCAUUUUGAGAUUAUUUUACAAUCAAGUGGUGUAUAAAUUGUAUGAAAUAAAAUAAAUAAAAGCUUGUUUUAAAAGGAAAGUUUUCAGUUGCUGGCAGAACACAAAUAAAGGGGAAGAUAACCUCUUGGGGCAGGGAGUUCUACAUAUGAGGUGCCACUGCAGCAGAAGCCCUCAGAAGACCGUCAGUGGCACACACAAGAGAAAUGCAACAGCCAACCUUAAAGGACAGGCAGAUUUGCAUAGUGUAAUUUCAGAGGCUUUUGCAUGAGCUUGGAUGGAGGAGGAAAAGGGAAGGAGAAGAGCAGAAUAGCUUAGGGAGCCAGUAGAUGUCAUUAUUAGCAGCAGUUCUAAAGAUGUAUGCGUAUUAAGGACGCACCUUCCAACAUGCCAAGUCAUGCUUUGCCUCUUCUGGUUUUUGAGGUGUCUUCUGAUACAGUUUUAAUAUUAUCAAUCUCUUCUCCACAAGCAUGAAGAUAGGGACUCUGAAAAGUGCAAGUGAGAUUAAUGAGAAACAAUAUUCUCUGCUUUUGGUGCAAAGAAUGUGCUCUCAACUAUGGAGGCUACGUGAAGGGAAUUAUGUUCAGUUCAAAAGUAGAAACAUUACAAUAUUUUUUGUUUUAUUAAUUCCUUUUUUAAAAACAAACACUAAAAAUACCCUACAAAUUGCUUACAAAAUCAGCAUAACCAUCCAUAUGGUUAAAAUUGGUAGAGUGCUAUCUUAUACUCAAAUAAAUGGAAAAAAAUGCUCAAGAGGCCUCCUGUCCUUCACAACUUGCAACUAAGAAGUUUAUUUAAUGUGCAAAUAUAUAAAAGAGGCUUAGACAGAAGAAGAUUGUUUUGAGAAUUAGUUACACAAUAGACUGAAUAGCUGAAUAGACUAAACUCAUGUACAGUGGUACCUCUGGUUGCGAACGGGAUCUGUUCCGGAGGCCCGUUCGCAACAUGAAAAGAGCGCAACCCUCAGCGGUGCGUCUGCGCAUGCGCAGGUUGCGAUUUGUCACUUCUGCGCAUGCACAUGACGUCAUUUUGCGCAUCUGCGAGCAGCAAAACCCAGAAGUAACCCUUUCCGGUACUUCCGGGUUGCCGUGGGACAUAACCUGAAAGAACGUAACAUGAAGCAGAUAAAAUUGCAAAAACAUGAUAAGAAUGCAUACAUAAAUAAACUGGGUAGGAAUAAUUGUGAAAUGCCCAGUAAGAAGUUGGAUACCACAGUGUUUUUGUAUAUUUCUGCGGAGCUGCAGAUGUGAUCUAUAUCCUUAAGAGUUCAAUCCUAUAUGCACUUAUCCCAGAGUGUGUACUGUUGAACUCUGUAGGGCUUUCUUCAUGUAUAGGAUUGCAGUUUAGGGGGCUGCUAUGAUAAAAUAAUGUGUUUAAUUUCUCUUAUCUCUCUGAAGUCUUAAGAAAGUGGCAGGUUAUGUGUCCAAAUGGAACAUUAUUUAAUCUCGCUCAGUGUUUUAGCUUAGACAGCUGAAAUGUAUUGUUAUACUUAACAGCACCGAUUCCAGCCUCAGAAUCCAUUAUCUGGAGCUCAGCAGUUUGUGGCCAAGGACCCCCAAGAAGAUGAUGAUCUGAAGCUCUGUUCACAUACAAUGAUGCUUCCCACUUGGGGCCAGCUGGAGGGAAGGAUGAUUGUCACUGCUUAUGAGCACGGACUGGAUAAUGUCACUGAAGAGGCAGUGACAGUUGUUGUCUAUGCUGUGGAGGUGAGAUAACACAGAAGGAAAAAUGUGGUCCUGGUUUUGCUGUGUAUGUAUGGUAUGGAAUUAAAACUAGCUAUCACUAUAGAAAUAAGCAAAACAGAUACCCACAAAUCAAUACAAAAAACAAAACAAAACCAGCCUUUGCAGGCAUAUAUGAUAGCACUUUUGGUGUUAUUUCUCAGAGUACGAGUAAGGCAGGCUGAGCUUUUUCUGUAACUCUGCUGGCAUACAAACUUGGACUUUAUAAAGCAUUUAAUACUGGCUUAAGUGCUGAAUGAAAGAAAACAAAGCCAUAUCUGGUUCUGAUGAAAAUCUGACUCCCUGCCUUGGAUUUCUAAGCAUCUCAACCUUUUUGCUUUCUCUCUCUCUCUCUCUUUUAGCUCUUAGUUGUAUAUAUGUGCAUUGGCCAUGAUCCAAAGUUCAACCAGGCUCUACCACACUCACAAGUACAGGGACUGAUUUGCCUUCUGCUUUUUUGUGAUGAUUCAGUAUGAAUACAGAGAAGAGGCAGCACCUAUGUGAGCAUUAGGCCUGUGAUUUGCAAAAAGUGUCUGCAGAAUUGAGGACCUUAUGCUUGUUUCUCACAUGCCUACCCCAUUCAGAUAUAAAACAGAAUGAAGGGGCUUGCAUCCUGCAUCAGACUGUGGGUGAGGGUAAUUGAACCCUUCUCCCCCUGAGGUUCCCAUUCUCUUUGCUUCAGGCACCUCUGGAAGUGAGCUGGGCUGGAGGAUAAAGGAGUGUGGGUAACAGAUUGUGAGGGAGUGAAGUUGGGGAAGUAAAGAUGGGGAUACAUCUCCCCUAGUCUAUUAUCUGCUUUUGAUGUUAACCUUGGGGCCACUAUUUCUUCUGCUCCUCCCUGCCUUUAUAGUGGAACACGGCAAACAUGAAUUAGCAAAAGUUCCCAAGAGCCCUUAAUCUAAAGGGCUUAUGUCAGUUUCCAGCAACUCUAGUUCCAGUGCCGCCAGUCCAAUAACUCUGGCCCUCCCUCCUCAUUUCAGUUAUGAGUCAGAGUCCCUGUUGUUGCUUAGAGUGGGGGUCCUGACACUAAGUCUGCCAGGGUCAUCUUCUUAGGAGAUAAGUUGUGUAGAUUUGGAUCAGGCUGAUGUGUGUCUAUGCUAAUGAGAUGCACUGAUUCCCUGGGUUGCUUCUGGGUAACAGUUCAGUCUGCAGUUUCUUUGGCAGACUUGACAGUGCAGGGCAUAAAGCUCUGGAGCCUGACCAGUGGGUGUUCUAGUUUCAGGCCUGGGUGUCGUGCAGUAUUUACAAGGUAAUAAUCACAGGACGGGAACUGGAAGUUGUUCUUGGUACUCAUCAUGAGCAGUAAAUAUGAGUUCUAUCUCUGCAGAAGCAUCUUAAGGAUAUCCUUGCAUCUAUAAUAUCAAGGAGAAAGGCCUACCGUCUCAGAGAUGGUCACUUCAAGUAUGCCUUUGGAAGCAAUGUGAACCCACAGCCUUAUCUGAAGAAUAGCGUUAUUGCUUACAACAACUUAACUGAGUGGUAAGAAAGUACCUAUUUUAAUGUGGUGCAGGACAGAACUUUAGAAUACAAUACAAAACUAGUGUUUUUCAUUCAUUCCUUUUCCCCUCCCUAUUUCUCUUUUUCUAGCCCUCCCACAUGCUUAGCUCCCCCUCCUGGUCAAAACCUUGCUUCCCACCCACCUCCUGAUGAUGCUGAGCAGCAAGCAGCCCUACUCCUAGCAUGUUCUGGGGACACCUCUCCAGCCACUCUGCCACCAGUCAACAUGUAUGACCUCUUCGAAGCUCUGCAGGUAACUUCCUUAUUCUGCUAGUUAGCUUGGCUUGGAGAGAGUGUUUUCUGGAAAAAGCCCAACAUAAGUAACCUUGGGACUGUAGGAAGGAAAUGCUCUUUUCUGUAUAAGUGCAUAUGCACUACAUAAACUUCCAGGUUGUAUCUAGCUGUUAAGCCAGCAACUGUUUUAGAUUUUCCAGCGAACUAAAUUUAAUUUCCUACUGAAGCUCCCAAAAUUUAGGCAAACAGGCCCAGUCCCCACUCUAUGUACUUCUGAUCUUACAUACACUUAUCAAGCCAUCUUUCUAUGAAUCACAAACAUUAUCGGACAGGGCAACAACUCACUUUUUAGCUAUGCAUGUUGUGUAACACAUGGCCAUAUUCACCUUACCGUUCUUGGUACAGUAAUUCCCAACUGUAUGCUAGGAACAUAGGAAGCCGCCCUAUUCUGAGUCAGACUAACAUUCCAUCUAACUCAGUGCUGUCUACAGUGACUGACAGCAGAAGUCCAGGAUUUCUGACGGGGGCCCCUCGCAGCCCUAACUGUAGAUGCUGGGGACUGAACACGAGACCUUCUGUGUGCAGAGCAUACAUUCUGCCCUUCCCUAAAAGAAGGAUGCAUAUCUUGAAAAAUUAAUUAGCACAUGCAUCAAACACUUUGUCCCUUGAACUGGGGAUCUUGAAAGACCUACAAUGGCUCCCAGUACGUUUCUGAGCACAAUUCAAAGUGUUGGUGUUGACCUUUAAAGCCCUAAACGGCCUCAAAGCCCCAGUAGACCUGAAGGAGCGUCUCCACCCCCAUUGUUUUGCCCGGACGCUGAGGUCCAGCGCCGAGGGCCUUCUGGCGGUUACCUCAUUGCGAGAAGCAAAGCUACAGGGAACCAGGCAGAGGGCCUUCUUGGUAGUGGCACCCGCCCUGUGGAACACCCUCCCACCAGAUGUCAAAGCGAUAAACAACUACCUGACAUUCAGAAGACAUCUUAAGGCAGCCCUGUUCAGGGAAGUUUUUAAUGUGUGACAUUUUAGUGUAUUUUGGGUCUCUGUGGAAGCCACCCAGAGUGGCUGGGGAGACCCAGCCAGAUGGGCGGGGUACAAAUAAAUGAUGAUGAUGAUGAUGAUGUUGUAGUGUAUGAAGCACUAAGAAUAAGAAACACACAAUUAGUUCCAGUUGGACAUUUUAGGCCUUUUAAGUUGAGAAUAUGUUGCUAACAAAAUUUCCUCAUAUGUAACCUGUAGGUCCACCGAGAAGUGGUUCCUGCACACACAGUCUAUGCCCUCAAUAUUGAAAGGAUCAUCUUGAAGCUCUGGCACCCAAACCACGAGGAGCUGCAGCAGGACAAGAUCCAUCGGCAGCGGCUGGCUGCAAAGGAAGGACUCCUGACAUGCUGA